UGAAAUGGCGGCGAAGUAUGGUCGGACAGUUUAGAAUUUCCUUCGUGCUUAGUUCCUCUUCGCAGCUGGAUUGAUUCUGUUUCUGGUAUUAUCUGCCAUCAGGAACUCUUUCUGCAUUCCGGGUGAUCAAAAUGCUGCAAAAUAUCCCCCACCAAAUCGUACAAUCUCCGGCUAGGCUUGGCCUGCCGAAUCCCAACUCACCAUCUCUUCAAAACUCCACUCCAUCUAAAUUCUCCUCCCAAAACCCUCAGACCCACCCACCCCAUCCAGCCUCGAAUCAGUUAACAACUCCAUCUGUUUCUUCGACUCUGCUUCCACUUCUUCCCCCUCUCCCGAGAGCCCAAUCUCUUCUCCUCCAAAUGGCAUCUCUAACCUCGAAACUUUUUGAAGUUUCCCCAAACCGCCCCCACUGGAUCAGUGCCUUUCGGGGCUCCCUCCCGACAUUCUUGUCCUCCCAAACUCAGUCAUUAUCUCUCCCUCAGAAGGACUCAUCUCCUUCCUCCAGCAAAGAGAUUGUUGCCUUGUUCACAAUCCUCCAGACUCAACUCUUUGAAGCUGUUGCCGAACUCCAGGAGAUUCUUGAUCUUCAAGACGCUAAACAGAAGCUCGCCCGAGAAAUCAGGUCCAAAGACUCCACUCUCCUUGCUUUCGCCAACAAACUCAGGGAGGCAGAGAAUGUCCUCGACAUCCUCGUUGACGAUUAUUCUGAUUACCGUCGCCCCAAAAGGGCCAGGUCAGCUUCAACGGCGGACGACGCUGAGGAUUCCUCCACAACCACUGUUUCAACUCGGCUGAAUCUAUCAGACAUAUUGUCGUACGCACACAAGAUAAGCUACACCACAUUUGCACCCCCAGAAUUCGGCGCCGGACAGGCCCCCCUCCGGGGAGCGCUUCCUCCAGCCCCCCAAGAGGAACAGAUGCGUGCAUCUCAGCUCUACGCAUUUGCCGAUCUCGACAUCGGUCUACCAAAGACAGAUGAAGACAAAGCGAAGAUUAUCGAACCGUUGAUCGAAGCCCCUGCAGCUGAAAGCAAUCCCCUGGCGAACAUGCCCGCCAUGCAAGGUCUGCUUCCGCCUAAUAUUGUGGUGCCGUCUGGAUGGAAGCCCGGCAUGCCUGUGGAAUUGCCUAGUGAUCUGCCGAUUCUUCCUCCACCGGGAUGGAAGCCCGGCGAUCCGGUUACAUUGCCCCCAGUGGAUCCUCAUGCUCUUCCGCCGAGGGUGGAGGACCAGAAGUCGAGGGCGGUGGGGCCUCCGAAGGCGGCGCCGGAGCCAAUACAGGUCCGGCAUGUGCAGCUUGACAUUGAGGAUGAUAGCAGUGAUUAUAGCAGCGAUGUGGGCAGCUCGGAUAGUGAAGAUUGAUCGACACUCUUCUCUGUACCUUACCUUUUUUUCCGAUCAUCAAACCAGACGUCUGGCGGUUUCCGGUGGCAUUUGUUGAUUUGGAGAGCACGAAAAUGAUUGGUGAUGUUGGAUUUAUUAGUAGCCCUUUUUAAGGCAGCAAAAGUUGUUGUAUCA